AUGACACCACAUAAAACCGGCUCCUUGUUCAGCGCACUGUGUUCUUCAGACGCGCUGCGCCGCCAGCUCUCUGAUGAGGAAGAUUCAGAUCAGGACAACAUGGACGUGACGCUAAUGGAGGCACUUGCCGAAUGUUACCAAGCUGCUAGUCGCUGGGAGACGCGCCGCCAGAUACUUUCCAUCAUGGCAGAUAAGGUGCGUUACAAAAGACUCCUCAAGUUUAUCCCUGGUCUGACCAAAUAUCGCUUCACAGAAGCCAAACGUCACUGUUUGACCUAUGGAAGAGGAGCUCCAGUACUGUCAGUAAGAGCACCUAGGACAGACGUUACCUUCUCACAGAUAGAACAUUUUACCGCGUUCAUAACAAGCUCGCAAAUUGUACAAGAUCUGCCAUUCGGAGAAAGGUCCAUAACACUUAGCAACAAAGAGACCAUUAAGAUCCCAAACGUUAUCAGAAUGAUGAUUCCUGAAAGGGUGGUAAAACAGUACCUGGCCUACUGCGACGAGUCUGGUUUUAAGCCUCUUAGCCACAGUACUCUUUUGCGUAUCCUAGCUGUCUGUCCUGCCUCUAUUCGAAAAUCACUUCAAGGCCUAGACUACAUAAGCUCAGCAGGUGCGCAGGCAUUUGAAGACCUGAUUGACAUUGUAGAAAGACUUGGGGACGUUGGACAAGGCAUGGGAUGGACCAAGAACCUGCAGACUCACCUGCGAGAUCGACGGAAAGCGAUACCUCAAAAGUGA